AUGGCUUCAAAAAAGACGAAACAGCAUAAGAUGUCGACGGCGGCACCGGGACCGUCGGUGUUUGAAGUGUACACCUACGUCGACACGGAGAAGAGCAUCGGCGAGCUGUUUCAGGCAGGACGCGUUAGUGAUGGGAAAUUAUACGAAAGGAAGCCAACUAGGAAAUUUCCUAUGGCAUACUAUGCACCAAAGCCACGUCCUCGUGGCAGUUCGGCCGGACAUUCACCUCAAGGCAGCAGUGAUGAUGGAAUGAGUAAUGCAAGCCGAAAUGCUUUAAGUCCGAGCGGAAGUCAGCAGGUUGCAACGCCUAUUCAUAAAAAGCAAGCAAGCGCACCGGAACUUGACACACAUCAUCUCGACCUGUACAAUAGACCCGUGCCUGUUCCACAAGUGAUUACACAUCAUCAUUCAAAAUCUGUCUCGGCCAUCCCUCCUAUGCCAGAUCCGGCAUAUACUGUUCCUCAGCACAAUCGAUCUGUAUCGCAUGAGGCAAACUACAACGCGUCGUUCGGAACUCAGCCAUCAUUCCAUGAACCAGUUCCUUCAUCGCUCUUCGAUCCGCGCGGGAAGAGUCAUUCACUUGAUCCGAUGAUUGUCGGAAUGCAUGAUCCGGGUUCUCAGAUGGCAGAUAAGAUGAGUUCACUUGGUCCAUUACCGCCAAAUUGGGAAAUGAAACUUGACGAGCUAGGAAAUCGUUAUUUCGUCGAUCACAAUACGCAGACUACAACCUGGUACGAUCCACGAAUACCUGAACAUAUGCAAGAAGAGGAAAUCCGCCAAAGACAUGCGUGCCAGCAACAACAACAGCAAUAUCACCAACAUAAUGUGAUGCAGCAGCAACCACCACAACAAGCCUACUUCCCUCCUCAACAGCAAAUUAUGCAUCAACCACAGCAUGCUUAUGCACAAAUGCCACCAACUCAGCCUGAGCAAACACAGUAUCCCGCAUAUCCUCCCAUUAACCAGACUGGCCACGCCCAUCUCGCACCGCAAUUCGCUCACGAUCGAACGAUGUCAGCUGAUAGCGGAGCAGUUGCAGACUCCAACAUGGAUGUCGACUAUACCUCUCCACUUGGAUUGUUGGACCCUGGUGCCAUUGCGGACAUAAAUCCACAUGAAUUCGACAAAUACCUUCAACUUUCCUCUCAUCGAGGCUCGGCAACCGUCGGCAGAUACCAAUAA